AUGGAUGAAAUGCUGUGCUUGUGCAGUAGCCCUAAUUUGGGUAUGGUAUUGGCCUUUCAGGACAUUACUGCCAGAAAUGCUGAUAACCAGUUAAUAGAAGGUUUGGAUAACAGAAAUGAGGUUUGGAUCAUGGAAGUCCCAGUAGUAAUGAGUUCCAGUAUAAAAACUAAACUGACGCAUUAGUUGCUGGUGCUGAAAAUUUGUUUUGCAGAACUACUGGGCUAUUUCCAUCUAUAAUGUUUUUAAUUAAUUCAGUCCUGAUCGGUGAAUAAAUUAAACCAAGACUCACAACGACCCUUCUGAAGUCACAUUUAAUCUUCACUCGUUUCUGGAAACUGUAAAUGGGUUACAAUGCUACACAAGUUUCUCCUUGUAUGUUUAAUGAGCCUAGAUCCUCCUUGAUCCCCUUCUCUCCAAGCACGUACAUGCAUGCACAUCACCAGUAUAAUUUCCAUGCACAAGUUCUGAACACUGUGAAUGAGAAGUCCAGCAUCUUUUUAGUGAAAGCAGACUGCCACCUAUAGGUGUAAGUUAGGCUUAGCAAAUAGGCUCUUUUUUGGGGUAACAGGCCCUUUAUAUACGGUAUAUACUAUGAUAAAUUCAACUUAAAAUUGUUAUAAUAGGAUGACACAAUCCUAAUAUGAAUGUAGUUGCAUAGUAUUGUUUUAUAUGCAUUCUGCUCUUCUAUCCAUUAAAAAAACGAAACCCUUUAGGAAAUUAUUUCUACCUGCAAGAUGGGUAGAAAAGCAAAAGGGUUAAAAAGAAAUGUGUUAUGUUCAUUUUAAGAAGCAAAACAAUAUUUUAGUUUCAUUAUCUAGGCAGACCAUUGAUAGUAGACAACCUGUUAUUUUGAUAAAAAGAGUGUUGUAAAAAUUGAUACAAUAUUACUUUAUAGCAUACCUAUUUGUCUAUAUUGUUGCCUAUCUAUCACUUACAUAACCAUAAUUUUAGGCAUGCAUUGCAUUUUCAUUAAAUCUGAUAUGUGUCCAAUGUAUCGCAACAAGGUUUAUUAAAGAUAAACAGCUACAUUCCUUUAUUUUGUUCUUCAUUAAAUCUUGGGGUAAGGGUGGGAUGAAACGCUUGUAAUGCAAGUCUUGGUUAUGUAAGACUCAAGUAUCACAUAAUCAGUCUCAUCAGCAUACACCUUGAAAACGGAAAUAGGAAUUACAAUUCCAGAUAUAGAACAUUUUAGAUUAUUACUCUUAUAUUUUGCAGGUCAACAUUUUCUAAAUCACUUGGAUAGAUCUUGGAACAGUUAAAAGGUAAAUAGAAAUCCUUUUUAUUUUUACUGUGCAGCCAAUAACCUGGUCUAUGCUACAUGUAUUAACAUGGACACUACUGGAUAAUUUCAGAAAAUUAAAAUCAAAUCGCAAAAGUUGCUAUAAAUGCUUUGAUAGUGUAUUUGAUUUUGUGUUGGUCUUUUUUUUUAAAGUACGCAUUAAGCUUGAUGCAUUGAAAAAGAGUUAACUGUAACAUUUUCAACUCUCUUACUUAAGAGUAAAUGUUGCUGAUGGCAUCUGACUCGGAAUUACUGAGGGGGAAGAGGGAAUUAAAAGAAGUGCAGCUUUUAUAAAGUUCUAAGAUUGCCGAAUGACUAUUUAAUUUUGUUUUUAAAUAGUCUUAGCCAUUGGUGUAUUGAAAAGGCCCGUUUUAAAAUGUCCUGCUUUCUGGGUUUCCUAGUUUACCUUUUUUUCGAAACGUGGUACCUAGAACAAUUGGCGUCUUUGUGUGAUGUAUAUAUCCUUCCUUAUUUAUAUCAAAUUGUUUAAAAUUUAUUUUAUGCUAUAAUUUGUACAAGGUUGUAAGUAAAUGAUCUGUGCUGCAGGAUUUGGACGUUGUGUGUUAAACGACUGUCCAAAAAAGGAAUACAGCAGAAUCUGUUUGUGUUAGUUUUUCCCUCCACUCAAUUCGUGGUUGCCGCAAUACAUUUUAGUAAUAAUUUGAACAACAUUUCCCAAUUACAAGAAGUUCAGCAGACAUACUUUGAAACAAUUCCACCCAAUUCAUAUAUUUUUGUUUGGAUCUGGCCCACCAUCUUGACACUUUGGAUAGCAGGAUUUACUUUAAAGAUUAUUUUACUUUGUAAAGUACAGUAUUAACUUUAGAGGAGAAGUGGCCAAAAGUAUGAAAACCCACAUCCUUGAGCAUUACAAUUCUUAUUUGUUUUCUAAUCUAUACAGCAAAUGGCCUUCUUGGUAAAACCCUUGGUAAAACAACUGCCAACACUUCCACAAAAUAUAGAAUACAUUUGUCAUAGUCCAAACCAAAAUCAAUACAUAAUACAGUAAGAGUCCACAAUUUUCUGGAAAGCGACAAGAUAUUUUAAACGUCCCCUCAAAUACUGGAUGAAAUAAGGGGUAAAAACCCACUGUAGUACUUACAAAAGAACCUAAAAAUGAAUGUAAAAUUAUGCUCUGCAAUAAUGUGCUUUUAUGAAAUACUUUUCUAUUUAAUGUAGAAAGAGAAUGGAUACGUGGGAGACAUAUAGGGUGGGUGGAGAGCACAAGUAGAAUUUGGCCUUAUGUCAUUCCCAUGUUAUAUAAUUAGAAAGCCAACUUUAGAGCCUUCAUCCUGAAGGAUAAUUCAAGCAGAAAAGCGGGGGGUGGGGGUGGGGAAGUGCAAGGGUGCUAUAUAAAAUUUGGAAAGCGAUGACCAAGAACAUAGUUAUAUGGUUUAUCAAUGAGUGAUUGUCUUGCAUGGAGAAUUUAAAAAGGAAAUAUUAAGUAAUCUUUCGAACUGCUGUUUAUUUUUUUUAUGUCAAUUUCAUAUUUUAAUGAAAGAAUAGAGGCAAUUUCCUCCUUUUUUAUGAAAUGUGAAAAGGCCGGAUCAUAGAAUUUGCAAGGCAACUUUUUACGUUGUAUAGAAUUCUGCUAAUAGUUUACAACUAUUUUACUAUAUUACUAUAUAACUAUAUUACAAAGAAAUAUAAAGAACAAGUGUUACUAUACAGGUGAUAAAUCUGUUAGUACAGGGGUCAGCAAUCUUUUUCAGCUGUUCACCGUCCCUCAGACCAUGUGGUGGGCCGGACUAUAUUUUUGGGGGGGAAAUGCACAAAUUUCUAUGCCCCACAAAUAACCCAGAGAUGCAUUUUAAAUAAAAGGACACAUUCUACUCAUGUAAAAACAUGCUGAUUCCCGGACUGUCCACGGGUUGGAUUGAGAAGGCAAUUGGGCCACAUCCGGCCCCCGGGCCUUAGUUUGCCUACCCCUGUGUUAGUAUAUGUAAGAGAGUUCAGAUGUCUCAAGAUAAAUAAAGUGUAAGUAUCCUGUAGUAACAUUUGCACUUCUAUGCUAACAUCCGAUUGUCAUCAACUAGACAUGAUAAUGCCUAUUACAGGACCAAGAAUUUUAAAGCCUUCAAAUAUCACAUAAUUCAUCGGACAAACAUCUAACCAGCAGUCCAGCACAGUAAAAUGUGUAACCAAAUUAGCAACCCAUAAAUAACACAUCUUAGCUUAAUGUUCAUUGGAACUAUUAAUUGCACAAAUGUGUGCUCCCAUGAAAAAUGUUGCAAGGGUGAAUUGCACCAUAAAUAAGUUCUGGGAGGAUCUUUUAUAUCAUGUGAGUGGGGGACGGAUACGGGACAACAGCAUGUUUUCUCCAUAAAGUCCAGAUCUCAAAUGUAUUAUAUAAUUCAUUGAGGGCCUAAUGUUUCAUUUGUUCAGUUACAAAAGAAACUACUGUAUGGAGAAUUUAGCUAUAAAUCCAACAGUAGCUAGAAAAGAAGUUAGUUGCAUCACCAAAAUGACAACUGGAGGUCUAUGAAUCGAUAUAGAGACUGAUCAGAGACAUUUAAGAGGGAAUGCAAUCACAGACUUGAUUAUAAUACAUAAUAUGUACGUCUAUAUUACUGGUAUCAGGACUUGGGAUUCCUGAAGUUGGGAUGCCUGUAUCUCUAGCUAAGACUAAAUUUUAUUUUAUUAUUGCAGAGAAGGAAAUGUCCUUCUAUAGCCAAUAAAUGUAUGGAUUACAAAGUUUCACUGAAGAGCUGCAAGAAAAGUAAUUAGUCUUGUAAGAAUUCUGUAAGAUGGGUAAAGGGGAAAUGAGAUCUCUUAUCAUGGUAUACUCGCUGUUCUAAUAGGGCACCAUUAGCUGUUACAUAAUCACAACUAUUUCUUCCUCUUAGCCUAUGUUUAUGCCCGGCAUUUAAGGUCCAGCAUAAUUAAAUUAAAAUGUCUUUGACUAGAAAAAAAAUGAAUGAGGUAUUUUUUUGUUUCAGCUCUUUACACUAUGAAAGAGUAGCCUGUUACUUGCUUCGACAAAUGUUCAUGAUCUUUUUUUUUAAAAUCCUACCAGAGGUAGAGACCUUUACUGACGUAAGAUUGGGAUCUGUCUGAAUGGGGGAUGUUUUUUUUAAACUGGCUAAAAUUACUGGAAGCGUUUCUGAAAAUAAAGAGAAAAAAUUACAGUGCUCAUCUGCCCUAAUAUUUUCACACGCAGCAAGACUGGUUUGCAGUGUCAGUAACAUGCAUCUGAUCUGCGUCACCUGCUCUGCCAUCUGAAAAUCAGUCUUGGUGCAGAAUUGCAGUGGCCUCCCAUUGGUGUAAACUCAUCUAUUUGAAGAGGCAACAUUAUUACAUCCUGCAGCUUUUCAUUGUUACAGUUGUGUGCCACAACAAUGUAAUUUAUCCAUAUGGACUACCACUUGAAGUGUACCACUUUCCAUCUAACGCCCAUAUAAUGCCCAGUCUUUAAGGGCACAUUCCCAUACUAAAGAUUUACUGGACGAGGAAAUGAAAGAUUUGAUGGGAGCUCUAUAUGCUGGCAGAACACCGUGGGAGAUACAUCAGCACAAUUGUGCAGAUACGUUGGUGGAAUGGCCAAAACCAAGUGGAGUUGUGGUUUCGACAUAGACGGAACAGAGGAACAACAUGUUUAUGCUACAUUCUAGACUCUCCCAGACUACGCAUACCCCAGUCAAUGGUGCAGCUGUACACCAUCCCUAGAUCAGGUGCAAUAUUUUUUUCAUCACACACAUUAUAUGCUAAUAAGGGGGAAUUCUGGUAGCUGGAAACUACGGGAGAAAGAGCAUUUUACAUCCCGAUCUUGCAACACAUCUGGGAAUUGGAGCACAUCGCUAAUGCUUCUCUAGAAUUCCAGACACAAAUAUCCAGCACCAAACUCUACUCCACUCCAAUAGCUGGGGAUGCCAGGACAGAGCACCCACACAGGGUGCUCCCGCUCCCAUGCCUCCCGAGUCCCUAUGGGAAUAUGGGUCGUCUGAACUAUACUGCUCCUGCCUUGCAGCAAUUAGGAGCAGGAUCGCGCGCACACAGGCAAGGCCCUUAUCCCGCAGCCAUGCAAGCUCUCUGCCGUCAAAGACCAGGUACUCCAACUGUUGCCACUACUGUACUAGCCAACACUCAUGAGCAUUUUUACCUUGCAUUCUCACAGAUGGAUGAACGGGGCAGAAAAAGCUGUCCCCAUUCUUGCAAUUGUUCCACAACAACCCCCAAAGGGGAAGGAGUAUGUAUACUCACAGUCAGUGUAGUCUCUCUUCCCCCACAGGGUGGACAGCUAACGGUGGCAGAGCACUCAGGUAGCAUUACUCCCUCUUCUCUUUCAAUCCCUCACACACUGUGUGUUCAGUAUAUUGCUUGUUAUUUGCUGUGGUGGUGUUCCAAGGGCACUAUAGCCAUGUCGGUCAUUUUCACAUUUUCUACUUGUACGUUCUUUCCCCUCUCCUCCAGGCUGAACACACACUAGAUAUGGUGUCUGAGUGUAAGUGUUCAGAACAGGGCCUUGUCAGGGGUGGCACUACAGUUUUGGAAUCAACUUCCUAGUUGUAUCUCUGUAUCUCUCUCAGAUAUCACAGAGGUUUACUUUUGACAGGCUUUUAAAUUCAACAAUUUAAUUGCUAAAGACAACUUCUAUCCAUUUUUUGGUGUUUGUCCUUGUUUUAUUCCUAUUUUGUUUUUAUGCUCUUAGUGUUUUACUUUUCAAAAAUGCUUUAGCUGUUUCGGAGCAGAAAGGUGGUAUAAAAAUGUAAAGCAAAUAAACAGUUUGCUUUGGGGAACCCUGUGCAUUUAGACAGAAGUAUAACGAAGUGCUGAGUUAGCAUACUAGGUCCAAGAAAUUAAAGCCACCAGAAUAUGCCUUUGUUGUGCAAGAAUCAUAUUGAUUGGAUAUCAUGGUGCAUCACAAUUGUUUCCACAUUUCCAUUUCCUUGGAUUUCUGUUUCUUGCUUAUCCUUUCUUCCAAUAUCCAAAUUUAGACAACAGUCCCCACAAUUAUAAAUAACAAUACAGAAAACACAGAAAGUAUUGACUGUUGCUUGCAGAUGUGGGGAUCAUGCCUCAUUUAAUGUUUAUAAUGCACACUCUACUUGUGCCAAAAUUCAAGGCAGUUACACAUUUUAUGGAAAAAGGGUAGGACAACUAAGAAGAAGGGAAAUUCAAACUUCACUAACUCAUUUCCUAGGAGAGGCCAUUGUCUCAGAAAAAAAGGUAUAACUAAGUUUGACAAAAAAUCUCAUUCCCUGAAAGGCAUAAUAUCAGAAAGAAUACCGUUGUGCGGUAAGUAAUCUGAAUCAACAUUGCAUGCACGCACACAGUAAUGUACAGAAAGGGCCCUAGUGACAUCACUGAUUGCCACCAAGUGUGGUUUGGGCUCAGUGUAUGUUGAUAAUUAAUGCCUAUUUGUAGCACAUGAGAGAGGAGAAUCGUCCCAUUGCUUUUGUGGGAAUUUUUAAAUCUGCAUUUGUUGACUAGUGGAGAAAGAUGAAUGAAGUGAACAUGCACUUCAUAUUUCAUCUUGCAAAGUACACGAUUCAAAAAAAGAAACAGCCCUUCAGUGCCUCUGAUCUUUAAUUAAAAAGUCAAGAGCUUUAAUCCAAUGCUACCAAAAAAUAAUAGAAAAUUAAAUAUAAAAACUUCUCUCCAGGAAAACAGGGAGAAAAUAGCCUGUGGUUCACUUAUGCCUAUGAUUAAAUAUAGAGAAAUGGCAGUUUCUUAGAAUGGAAGGCCAGCUAGCCAGGCAGCACAGCUUUUCCACAGAAUGUUGGGAUGGGAAAAUGCAGAAUGUGUUUAUUUGGAAGAGUCUUUGACUCAUCUUAAUUUUGACCGCCAUUCAAGGUCUGUGCAGCUGAAUUGUCAUUCAUUGGGGAUAUGUGCAACUGGACCCAAUAUGUUUAUGAUCUUGUGGCACUAUUUAAAAAAAAUUAUCCCAACAUACCAUCUGCACCCAAAUGCUUGAGGCAGAAAUUAUUAUAAGAAGUUGUACUUUUUAGAUUGGUUUAUAUGACAUGGGACAGAAUGGAUCGAUUUGCCUCAGGCAAGAAAUCGACACUAGAAGUGAAGAAUUUUAUUUACAAAUAGCUGCCCAAGUAUGUCCAUAAACACAUUGCAUUAGCCCACCUCCUGUUUGGGUCUUUAAGACUUCCCAUGCAUUCCCCAUCUCUGCUCCCCUUACUGAAUUGGAUCCUAAAUACAUGACUACUUCUUCCACAUUGUCAUCUCCCAGACUCAUCAAUAGCAUGUUGUGAGGUCUUCUCUACUGCAAUGUUAGAACCUGAAAGUCAUUUCUUGCAAGGUUAGGUUAAGUUAGGUUUAUUACACUGAUAUCUCACCAAAUGUGAUAAAAGCACCAGGAAACAUUUUAAGACUUUUUAAUGUCAUUUAGGCUGGCUUUUGGUGGCAGAAGUUAUGCUACGUAGGAUUUAGUGUUUAUUAUGAUUCAUCCACUGCAUUGGCUUCAGUUAUAUUAUAUUUUGUUUAAUGUCAGUGUAUUAUUACCCAUCUGGUGCCUUUGUUCAAAUAAAAUAGGUAUCGGACGUAAUUAGGCCGGCCCCGCGCUUCAUUGUGCUGCUGCUGCUUCUCUUUCCAAAAUCGCAGGUAUAAGAGUGCAAUAAGCCCAGGUGAAGGAUAGAUAUAAUGUGGAUCAUCUAGAAGUGGACUACCCAGCAAAGUGUCCAAGGUAGUAAAUGUUGCCAGUGGCUGCAAUGCUUUCAGUAUGAAAAAGCAACAACAUCGAUUAGAAAAAUGUGAGACUGUCAGCUCACUCUCAAGUUGGAACUUGUCCCUUCAGAAGUGUGGUUAGGAGUGUAGUGUGACUGUCUUUUUAUAUUUCCAUACGAAGCCCUAAAUCUAAAACAUACAAGUUUCUGCAUUGGACCAUAAGUUUGUGUUAAUGUUUCUAGUACUUAUGUUGACCCAGAAAUCCUAGAAACAUCAUUACUGCCAUCAGUUGAUUUGUUUUAAUGUUUGUUUUAUUUAGAGAAUUUAUUAAUGAGGAAGUGAGAGCAUUAUCCAGAGCUGGGUUUAUGGUGAGCUGCUGUAAGUAUAACCCUAUGACCUUGAUUCAGCCCUCUGUGGAAUCAAAAGAUUAG